AUGACAACAAGCAGUCAUGGCGCCGGAAUUCUGAUAGAACCUCAACGACUCUAUGCAGAUCUUUGGACCUACCUUGACAAUGCAGCCAAGAUAGAACAACUUGAAUCUCGUUUAUAUCCCUUUCAUAGCCUCUCUCUCAUGACAUACUGCCUCGAUUGGCAGCCUCGCUCGACAAGUCACAAGAACUUUGGCUGCCAUCCUCAGCCGUAUUUCUCAUAUGUGAGGAAAGAGGGUUCCACCAGACGACACCAUAGGAGGAUUCUUGACUUUGCAAUCCUCAUCACGACUGAUGGGGUCCUUGACUAG